AUGAACAAGCAAGAUCUAUUAAGAGAAGUCGUUGUCAAGUACAUAGACUACUUCUACCCCGUCGCAUCGGGCACAAGCGCGGUGGCCAUCGACAACAAGAUCGAGCAAGCAAUGGAUCUGGUUAAGAGCCACUUGAUGUUCGCGGUGCGCGAAGAAGUCGAAGUAUUGAAAGAGCGCAUCGCAGAACUCAUGGAGCGGAUCAACCAGUUAGAGGUAGAGAACACUUACCUGCGGGCACACGCAAGUCAAGACACGUUGGCACAGCUACCAGCAUCGGCGGGAACAAAGCCACCGGCGGCACCGCAGGGCCCUCAGCCGCCGGUGUCAUAG